CGGGAUCGAUAGUCAAAGUAACAAAGUAAAAGCAACAUGGAGGCCACAUUUGGAUCAACCGAGUUUUGGAGAAACGGUCCUCAGCCGGGUGCAUUGUACAAAUUUCCAGGACAUGUAAACACAACACAGGCAUCACAGAUCGGAGCAGCAAAAAGAACAUUAGCACCUACAGUGACGGGUACGUCUGUACUUGGCCUGUGUUUUGAUGGAGGCGUCAUUAUAGCAGCUGACAUGCUGGGAUCGUAUGGUGCCCUGGCUCGCUACAGGAAUCUCUCCCGUGUGAUGAAAGUCAAUGAUUCAGCAGCCAUUGGUAUAAGUGGAGACUAUGCAGAUUAUCAGUUCAUGAAAUCUGUCAUUGAGCAGAGAGUUAUAGAUGAGGAGUGUUUAAAUGAUGGUUUUCAAUACACACCUAAGAGUCUGUUUUCUUGGAUGACAAGGGUUCUGUACAACAGAAGGUCCAACUUUAAUCCUUUAUGGAACACAUUUAUUGUGGGAGGAGUGCAAAAUGGAGAACCGUUCCUAGGUUAUAUUGAUAAGAUUGGAGUGGCCUACAAUGACCCCACCAUUGCCUCAGGAUAUGGAGCCUAUAUUGCAGCACCUCUGUUACGUGAUGCCUUUGAGGCCAAUCCAAAAAUGUCUCUGGCAGAGGCUGAGAAGAAGAUAGACGAAUGUAUGAAGGUCUUAUACUACAGGGAUGCCAGGUCCCUGAAUAAGUAUGAAGUGGCCAUAGUAACAAAAGAUGGUACCAUGAUAAAAUCCCCCAUUGUAUCAGAGACUAACUGGGAGGUAGCCCACAUGAUUAAACAUUUCGCUCUCUGCUUUGGACAGGCUCUGUCUCUAGAGUUGUCCGGUAUGGCGACAGUCGCGGCUCCAAUGCUUCUCUCCGUCCUCUUGAUCGGGGCAGUGUACGCCAAUCCAGAAAACUCGCAGGCACGGAAGUCUUUUAAGGGUUAUCAAGUCCUUUCUGUGCGGGCUGAGAAUGAGAUGCAGAUAGAGUACCUUAAUUUGCUGCAGCAAGGACCGGAGAUUGAUUUUUUCCAAAUCCCCUCCCUGGUACAAAGAACUGAUAUAUUGGUUCCUCCCACUAAGUUAAAGGAGAUAAAAAAGUCGCUCAGAAAGAUGAGGAUGCCCUAUGAGGUCAUCAAUCAGGACAUUGAGACAACCAUUGAAAGGGAGCGCCAACAAAUAAGAGGAAAAGCCGCAAACGACAUAUGGACCAAUUAUCUCAUGUGGGAGAAUUUUGAACUUUGGCUACAAGAAAGAAGUCAAAGCUACUCAAAUAUGAUACAGUUAAAGAGCAUUGGGAAAUCCCGGGAGGGCAAAGACAUUUGGCAGGUCAAGGUUGCUGCCAACGUGAACGAUGCCAAGAAGCCGGCCAUGUACGUGGAGUGUCUGGCCCACGCCCGAGAAUGGAUCACGGGGUCGGUGUGUCUCGGCUCCAUCGACAUCUUGACGACUAACUACGGAAAGAGCGGUUCUCUGGGAGAUCAGGCCACGCUAAUGCUGAACAAGUUUGACUGGUACUUUAUCCCUAUGAUGAAUCCUGACGGAUACAACUUCACCAAAGUUAACCGACUUUGGCGGAAAAACAGAAAGUCGAAUGUCGUCUCGAGCUGUCCGGGUGUGGAUCUCAACAGGAACUUUGCAGCCGACUGGGGCGGAGCGGGAUCUUCGAGCAACUGGUGCUCUGACACAUACCGAGGAGACAGUGCGAAUUCCGAACCCGAGGCGCAAGCUGUGAUCGCCGCCGUGGCGGAGGCUGGUGACGUCAGAUCCUACCUGUCCAUCCACUCCUACUCCCAGCUCCUACUGGUGCCGCACGCCUACGCCGCUAUAAAGGCCCCGGAUUACAAUGAACUGAAAAAUGUCGGCGAUAUUGCAAUGCUAGCAUUGAGACAGGUCAACGGAGUCAAUUUUCAAGUCGGCCACGGUCCAGAAAUUCUCUAUGCCGCAUCUGGAGGUGCCUUUGACUACUUCAAGUUGAACGGUGUCAAAUAUAGUUACGUGUACGAGUUACGUCCCUCCAGCGGUUCCGGAACUGACGGAUUCAUACUUCCGGCCUCACAGAUAGACCCCAGCAUCUGGGAGACGUUUGCCUCGUUUUUCAGUUUUGCCGAUCAAAUACCGGCAUAAUUCAUAUGUAUCUUAAAUCAGCGGAAAAUUGACAAAAGGACAACUUAAACUGUUUAGAUUAGUAAAUCAUGUUAUACAAAGAAAUAAAGACAUAAAACUUUU